AACCUGUCAUUCGUUUUGACGUGUAAGCAAAACCAUCAAAGCAAAAUUCUAUCAUUGUUUUUGAUUUUAUAAAUAAUGAGAAAGAAAAAAUAAGUGCUACGUAAUUAGAUGAGCGUUGAAUCUAUUUUUUAUUAAACUAGGAAAAGAAAUAUAUAUAAAAAUGGUGUUAAUGACGAUGAUCGCCCGUGUUGUAGACGGACUCCCUCUAGCCGCUACUAUGCAGGAGGACGAACAGAGCGGCUGUAAUAUAUUGGAGUAUCAAAACCAAGCAAAAAUGCUGUUUAGAAAACUUAGCCCUCAAUCACCAAUCCGCUGCUCCAUUGAAACUGGGCCUUACCUCUUUCAUUAUCUAAUUGAGAACGAAAUUUGCUAUUUAGUGCUGUGUGAGAGAAAUUACAGCAAACGACUUGCCUUCAGUUACUUAGAAGAAAUAGCACAGGAGUUCUACCAACAGUACGGGAAAAGAGUUAACACGGUGACUCGUCCUUACACAUUCAUAGAGUUCGACACGUGGAUGCAGCGCGCACGGAAGCAAUAUGCGGAAGGAGGGGCGAGGGCCCGGCGGGGAGGCGCGGCCGCCGCCCUGGGGGGGCAGCUGGGGGAUGUGCAACGGAUCAUGAUGCAGAACAUUGAUGAUGUACUGCAGAGAGGAGCCAUACUUUCUGAACUCGACACCAAGACACAGAAGCUGUCGAUGAUGACACAGAAGUACAAGAAGGACGCCACUUACUUGAACACCAAGUCAAUGUUGGUGAAGGCCACGGCGGGUGCUGUGAUCUUGCUGGUGGUCGUGCUAUAUUUCUGGGUGCUUUGAUUCUGCUACACAAGUGUUUAUGUACCAUAUUGUCAUGCCAUCUUUUCACCUAAAGAUCCCUUCAACGAAACUGACCUAGUAAUGUUACUGUACUAUAUCAAAUACCUCUAUCAAAAACUGAAUUAAACCUUUUCUUUUGACAUGUUAUAUUUUUCUCGAUGACAUAUUGGUAUAUUACAUUUUUUUUAUGUCGCAUAGAUCAUAGAGCUGGCGGUACUUAUGAUACAUUCCAUCAGGAAGCGGUUCCCUAGUGGCUGUAGGUACAUCUAUCUCAUUCUUUUGUAUUGUGACGUUUGCUAGCAUAUUUUCUAAUUACACAAAGUUCGGUAUAGAAUUAUAAUGUUCCAAUGAACCUUUGGAUGUCAUUCAAAACACUUUGUGUAUUUAUUCAGCUUAUCAUAAUACAUGCUAAUGCUUUAGUUUACAUCAGCCAUCAAACUAGUAUGCUAAUUUAUAAUUUAAAAAUAUAAUCGAGCACAAAUAUGUUUGUGCUGUCUGAAAUUUCAUUACAAAUUUAGCGGGUGUGUAAUAAUAUGAAUGUAAAUUCUCAAUGUAUAUAGAGCAAACCGACACCAGCUGCACUUGAUAGACAAACAUUUUAUAUGUGAUUGCCAAUUUUGUAAUGUGGGUAGACGUUGACGGAAUGUUGGAGAAUACUGUCAUGUUAAUAUAUUUAUUUAAGAUGUAAUAAAUAUGUAUUCUUUCCAAGUCA